GCGACGUUCCUAGGUGUUAUUGUAAGGAGAGACCUUCUAGUCGCUGAGUGAUGACACCGAAAUCACGUGACACAACACCCCGCUGAGAUCCUGCCGAUUCCGGUAGAAGUCACCGAGCUGCUGGACCGGCCGCGUUCUUCUUCUGCCGCCGCAUCUUCUCCUGUGUGUCUGGAGCCCGGCCGGUAAGUGUCGUCAGUGUGAAGACAGGGUGGAGACAGGACACCAUUUUGUUGCCCCCACCUCGGGAUCAUGCACAUCUGUAAGGAGCGCGGCCGCAUUUCCGAGUUAUUACGCCAUUCGCUGACGAUGCACAAGGACAAGAUGGAGGUGACCGAGAAGAUACUGAACCUGACCCUGGAGAUUAUAUUCCUGCUGACCGGAGAGGAUUUUGUCCUGAGCAAGAAGCAGGACGACCGAUCCCCAGACGACUGCCAGUUAUGUUUAUCAGAGGGACCGAGCAAGGAUCAGAGUCCAAAUGAGGAACGUCCAUGUCAGUCACCGGCCCCCGAGGAGGCCACAGAGGAAGAGACCCCAGAGCCGAGCGAGAACACCCAGUCCACGGCUCAAGAGGUUCCUGUGAGAUGUGAGGAUAUCGCCGUCUUCCUCUCCUUGGAGGAGUGGGAAUAUUUGGAAGGACAUAAAGAAUGUUACAAAGAUGUCGUAUCAGAGGAUAAUCAGCCUCCAGUGCCUGCGGACUGUGACCGGGUUAUUGCUGCAGAUGAAGACACUGAGCUGAAUGAGGAGGAUGCGGCCACCACAGCUGCUGACGCCCCCUCCACAGGUGGAGACAUUCCUACGAACCCCCCAGAAAGCUGCACAAGCCCCCUCAUUCCUCAGAAGUGCCCGGAGGAGGAUGAUAGCGGGGUGAUGAUGACGGAGGAUCACCAGGCUUCUCCGGGAGGAGAGAUAUUACCGCCCCCGCUUAAGGAGGAAGAUGAUCCCGUAGAGAUCAGCUCAGGUGACCCUAAAUCUGCGAACCCCCCGGAAAUAAGUGGGAGCCCGGUCCGUUCCCAGGACUGUAUAGAUGGUGAUAUCCAGAUCAUCCCACAGAAAUAUCAGGCUAAAACUGGAGACGUGGUGUCCAACUGGCGUAAGAAGAGACCAAAUCCUACCAAGAUCAGAUCAGGUCAUCCCACCACCUGGAAAGUCCAACCUGACUCCCCCCACCUGUUAAUUCCUGUCCACCAUAAAAACGGAGUUCACCCAAGUAACCUAGAAGGGAGUUUUUCCAGCGACGCUCCCCCCGUAGUGGUAAUGGUAAAACCCAAGUCUGUUCUAAAUGAGGCCCUGCCCCCGAGGAGCAAGACAGAGCAACCACACCUGUUUUGGCAAAACCCCCGAGUAGAUGCCUCCUCCAGUCAUCUAAUGCAAUACGGAGGUGGGGCCGUAAACUUACCGCCACUGCUGGAGAGCCCCGCUCUACAUAAAUGCCUGCAGUGUGGGCGGGGCUUCAGAAACGAACUUGACCUGCUCUCCCACCAGAGGACGCACGAAAAACCGUUCCACUGCGUGUUGUGUCAGCAGAGCUUCAUGGAUAAGUCCUCCCUGGUGGUCCACGAGUGGACUUUUCACAUUCCCGAGUCCAAGGUGGGGAAAUCCCGACCCAAACGCGUGACGAAGGAGGAAAAGCCGUUCUCGUGCCUGGAGUGCGGGAAGACGUUCAUGAAGAAGUCGAGCCUGGUCAAGCAUCAGAGGAUCCACACGGGCGCCUUCGCUUGCCCGGACUGCGGGAAGUGUCUCUCGGACAAGACGGGUCUCAUCAUACACCGGAGGACUCACACAGGAGAGAAGCCCUAUGCCUGCUCAGAGUGCGGCCGACGGUUCACCCAGCGGUGCCACCUCAUCACCCAUCAGAGCGUCCACACCAGCAAGGAGUCGUUCGCUUGCUCCGAUUGCGGGAAGUGUUUUUCGGUCCGGUCGGUCCUGGAAGCUCAUCAGGCCUUCCACAACCGACACAGGGCCUUCACCUGUUCGGCCUGCGGAAAAUGCUUCCUGCAGAAGUCCGCCCUUAUGGCCCACAGCAAGGUCCAUGCAAUGGAACCGUACUCCGUGUCCUGAUCCCGGUGGGAGUUGUAUUCCUGGAGCGCACGAGGUCGACUAGAGCGGUGACUACCGGGCUGAUCCAUCCGAUGUGAUGCACUGGGCAGUCGACCAAUCAGUGAGAGACGAUUGGCCCGAUGCAUGAUGCGGGCUGGCACGGAGGUGGAUCUCCCAGUUCUAGGUGGUAGGUCCAGUAGGUCCCUUGAAAAAAAAAAAAAAAAGCCCUGUGGCACUAGGGGUAGGGAUCGGGGAAAGCGUCAAACCUUGCAGAGAUGUGCAUCUUUUAACAUACAUUAUGUAUUGAUUCCUUUUUUUAGAUCCCUGCUUGCUGUCAGUGAAUAGGAGCAUUUUUGUUUACAUCCAGCGGCUGAAAACCUGUACAGCUAUAGAGCCGGCCUUACACGGUAGAAUCAAAUAACAUUCGCCUGAACAGCUGUCCCUUCAGAUCCCCCACACACAUGCAUGCUCAGCCUGACCAAGCAUGCGUGUGUUGUGGAGAGGAGGGACCACAGGAUCGGGCAUAUUGAAAUCCGAAAUGUCCAACUCUAAUGUAUAUGGCUGCUAGAACAUCAGUCCAGAAAAUCCUGACCCCUAGACUGACCACCGCACUGAUACAUUGUAACAAACCAUCUGUCGAGAGAUUUGUGCCGCUGAGAUGUUUUGCUCACAAAGGAUUGUCCAAAAUGGAUACAAGUGUAACAAAACCUCAGCGGUGAGAACGGUUAAGUCUGUGUGGAUGUAAACAAGAAUGCUCCUAUUGCCAGACAGCAAGCAGAGGUCUUGAAAGGGGAACAUAAAGUAUAUUUGAAAGGUGCGGAUUCGGGGUUUCUUGUCGGUUUCCCCAGAUCUCCAUCCGGGCAGGAUCAGAUCUGCAUGUUUUUUUUCCCAAGAGACCUGCUGGAAAUGUCUAGGUCAUAUUACUUUAUUACCACCGGUCCUUCACUGACGGCAAGCAGAGAUCUUGAAAUGAAAGGGAACUGAAACAAGGUAUACUAAAAGUUCCAGAACUUGUACAGGAUUAGAAAACCAUGGCCGCUUCCUUCAGAAAACAGUGCCACCCCUGUUCAUGGGCUGUGCCUGGUACUGCAGCUGGAAGGAUCUGAGCUGCAAUACCGCACGUGCCCUGUAGACAGGUGUGGCAGUGUGUCUAGUAGAAAAGAGCCGUGUUUAUCUAAUCUGGUCAGUCCUUGGAAAGGGGUUGUCCCAUUAAGACAACUUAUCCACAUAAGUGAUCGGUCGGUGGGGGUCCGACCGCUGGUAGUUACUCCGUCUGCAUUCCGUGUCCGUAU